ACUGAUUACGUAAACGAUGGCAGCGCUUCAUAGACGCAGACACGAGCUCGGGGACAGACAGCUGUCACCUGAAGGAGCCUCCUCCAACAGCGCAAGAGCCGCAUCCGGUGACAGCUCCACGGUGCUCGUGAAACUGCUGUCCGCGGGACUUUACGGCGUCAGCUCGUUCCUCAUCGUUGUCGUCAACAAAAGCGUCCUGACCAGCUACAGAUUUCCAUCGUCAACAUGCGUCGGAAUCGGCCAAAUGCUGGCUACAAUCGUAGUUCUGAGGAUGGGGAAAAUGUUGGGUGUGAUCUCGUUUCCAGAUAUGGAUCUGAGUAUACCGCGCAAGAUGUUUCCACUGCCUCUGCUGUAUGUCGGGAAUCAAGUAUCAGGGCUGUUCGGGACACAGCGGCUUAAUUUGCCCAUGUUUACAGUUUUGAGGAGGUUCAGUAUUUUUCUUACCAUGGUGUUUGAGGGACUCUUGCUGAAAAAGACGUACUCUACGUUGGUUAAAACCACAGUGUUUACUAUGAUCUUUGGUGCUUUUAUUGCCGCCAGCACUGAUUUAGCUUUUGACCUUGAAGGAUAUGUGUUCGUAAUGGUCAACAAUGUUCUGACAGCGGCCAGCGGGGCGUAUGUGAAGCAGAAACUUGAUUCCAAGGAGCUGGGCAAAUAUGGGCUCCUCUACUACAAUGCUUUAAUCAUGAUUGUCCCCACCAUGGCAUACGCAUACUACUCAGGGGACUUACAAACGGCGUUGGAGUAUAAUGGAUGGACCGAUCAGCUGUUUGUUGUGCAGUUUGUGCUCUCCUGCGUCAUGGGCUUCAUUUUAAUGUACUCCAUCAUGCUGUGCACGCAGUACAACUCCGCACUCACCACCUCCAUCAUAGGCUGCAUUAAGAAUAUCCUUGUGACCUACAUUGGAAUGGUGUUUGGUGGAGACUACAUAUUCACCUGGACUAACUUCAUAGGUCUAAACAUCAGCAUUGCUGGGAGCCUGGUGUAUUCCUACAUCACCUUCACACAGGAGCAAACAAAAAAGGCGUAAACCACGGAGCCCUGAGCCGACGCUGAAGAACUACGUACGUCUGCAACACACUUCAUGUUGUCUUUGUACUGUAUGUGGAGACAUGCUGUUUUAAACCAUGCUGUUUAGUGUUUUAACAUGAGACACUGUUAUCAACUUUUGUAUCUAUAAUUAAGAAAGGUGCCUUAAUUUUUUUAUAACUGUAUUUUACUGAUUAAAUGUAAAGUAAUAAGUAUUUUUAUAUUCAACAAAUCAAUCAAAUCUAAGGAUUUGGGUGUUUUCUCAAUUCUGUUUUAAUACAAUAUUCACAUGCCAGAGUUGUUAUCACUGUGACCAUUCCCUUUUCUCUACACUAGCUUUUAAUUGAUUCUUUUCUAACACAAAUUAUUGUUAGAAAAUGUUGACAAAAUCUCCUUUGUGUGAAACUACUUUCAGUUGAAAUGAAGCUUAGCUGAACUUGGGUGUUGUCCAGACAAAACACUGUAAUGUCUAGUCUCAUUAGGAAGGGGUUGUUUCAUAGCAGGUGAGGAAAAGAAUCAUUUUAACAUACAUAUGGCUUGUGAAUAUUGUAUUUAAAAAGACAAAAAAUUAAAUAAAACCUA